AAGUGAGCGCGUGUGGGGUUGAGCCGGACCAGGACUGAAUGGCUUCGGAGGCGGUGAAGGUGAUCGUGCGCUGCCGGCCCAUGAACGUGCGUGAGAGAGCUCUUGGCUGCAAGGCGGUUGUGAGCAUGGAGAGCACCCGGGGUCAGUGCUUCCUGCAGAACCCUGCCGCUGCCGGUGAGCCCCCCAAGCAGUUCACCUUCGAUGGGGCGUACUGCCCAGAGCACAGCACGGAGCAGAUCUACAAUGAGAUUGCCUACCCGCUCGUGGAGGGCGUCACUGAAGGCUACAAUGGCACCAUAUUUGCCUAUGGUCAGACUGGCAGUGGGAAGUCAUUCACCAUGCAGGGAGUUGUGGAGCCUUCUGCACAGAAAGGCAUAAUUCCCAGGGCAUUUGAGCACAUUUUUGAGAGUGUGCAGUGUGCUGAAAAUGCCAAGUUCUUGGUGAGAGCUUCCUACCUGGAGAUUUACAAUGAAGACAUACGAGACCUACUAGGAGCUGAUACCAAGCAGAAGCUGGAGCUGAAGGAGCACCCAGAGAAUGGGGUGUAUGUGAAGGGGCUCUCUCUGCACACUGUGCACAGUGUUGUACAGUGUGAGCAGCUCAUGGAAACAGGCUGUAGCAACCGUGCAGUGGGUUACACCCUCAUGAACAAGGAGUCGUCCCGGUCCCACGCCAUCUUCACUGUCAAUAUUGAGAUCUGCACUGUAGAUGAGCGAGGGCUGGACCACCUCAGGGCUGCAAAACUCAAUUUAGUGGAUCUGGCAGGAAGCGAGAGACAGUCAAAAACUGGAGCCAUAGGGGAGCGGCUCAAAGAGGCCAUCAAUAUCAACCUCUCCCUCUCCGCUCUGGGCAACGUCAUCUCAGCCCUGGUUGAUGGCAAGUGUAAGCACGUCCCCUACCGAGACUCCAAGCUGACCAGGCUGCUGCAGGACUCCCUUGGGGGGAACACCAAGACUCUGAUGGUUGCGUGCAUAUCUCCAGCUGGUAAUAACUAUGAUGAGAGCCUCAGUACAUUGCGCUAUGCUAAUCGAGCCAGAAACAUCAAGAACAAGCCCUGUAUCAAUGAGGACCCCAAGGAUACUUUGCUGAGGGAGUAUCAGGAGGAGAUUAAGAAGCUGAAGGCCAUCCUAGCUGAACAGAUGGGUGUGAAUAACUCAGCAGGGCUUCUGCAUGCUGAGACUGCUCACCUGGCAGCGAAGUCGCCUCCCCUCUUCAAACCCCAGGUAGAUCUCGAAGCAGAGAAGCAGCUGAUCAGAGAAGAGUACGCUGAGAGACUGGCCUGGCUAAAGGCUAACUAUGAAGCAGAGCAGGCAUCCCGUGCCCGCCUGGAGGAGGACAUCAGUAGCCUGAGGGCUCACUAUGAUCGCAAGCUGUCUGCUCUGGAGGAGAGCCUCAGGAAGGAAGCAGCUGCCGCAAGGACUGAAACUGCUCCUGGUGAGCCACCUUUGCCCAAAGACACUGUUGCUGCAGUAGAUGAAGAACCAGCAUCAGUCCAGGACCCAGCAGCACCUCAGGCUGUCCAAGACACUGGUGGUGUGUGCAGGAGGAGUGCUGGCACAGGGGUGGCUGUCACUGCUGAGGGGAUGGCUCUGCCUGUGGACCAGCAGCAGGUUCUUGCCAGGCUGCAGGUGCUGGAGCAACAGGUAGUAGGGGGGGAGCAGGCGAAAAACAAGGACCUCAAGGAGAAGCGCAAGCGUCGAAAGAGAUACGCGGAUGAGCGGCGCAUGCAGCUGGUGGCCGCGCUGCAGCAGGCGACCGAGGACAGCAGUGAGUGGGUGCUGCUCAAAGUCUAUGACUCCAUCCACGAGGAGGUUCGAGCCAAGAGCAAGCUUCUGGAGAAGAUGCAGAGAAGGCUACAAGCUGCUGAGACUGAGAUCAAAGACCUGCACUUGGAGUUUGAACUGGAGAGGAUCGAUUACCUGAGCACCAUCCGCCGCCUGGAGAGAGACCUGAUGCUCUGCCGACAGCUGAUGGAUCAGGCGCAGUUGCUCGUCCGCCGUGACUGCAACUACAGCAACCUGGACAAGAUCAAGCGUGAAUCCAUCUGGGAUGAGGAAUCUGGCUGCUGGAAAAUUCCAGAGCCUGUCGUUCACAAAAUCCACUUGCCUCCAGUAGUUCCAGCCCUGCCAGGAUCCAGACCUUACCAUGACAGCCCCUUGGCUGAGAGCAGAGAGCCAGCGCUGGAGGAAGACCGCUACAAGCUAGUGCUCGACAGGAGUGACAGCGAGACCAUUGCCUCCAACUACUUCAAACCGCGGCGCACCCGCGAUAUCCUGCACCCCAACCGGACCCCAACCCGAGACCCUGGUCUUCGCUCCCACCACCGCCACCACCAAGAGCAAGAAGGGGUCCGGCAGCCCCCGCCUCUGAAACUGCCACUGCUGACGCAGAACGCCAAAUCUCUGCAGUUCUGCACCGAAGCGCUCCUGCUGUACAGCAGGGCGCGGGACACAGGCGAACUCGCUGUGGCCAUGGCCUCUCGCACCCUGUACCCUCAACCGCUGCAAUAA